AUGAAGGCCGUUGUGAUUCACGAAACCGGGGGACCCGAAGUCCUCAAACUCGAACAGCGUGCCGUUCCCCAGGCAGAGGCUGGACAGGUCCUCAUCCGCGUCAAAUCAUUUGGUCUGAAUCGUGCAGAAAUGUACAGUCGGCAGGGCUUCUCGCCUAACCUGACUUUCCCACGAAUAUUGGGACUGGAGGCAACCGGAAUCGUGGAGGCUGCUCCCGGUGGCGAGUUCGCAAAAGGCCAGGUCGUGAUGACAGCCAUGGGUGAUAUGGGCCGAGGGUGUGAUGGUGGGUAUGCGCAGUACACUGUUGUGCCUGUAAAUCAGGUGCAGGCCAUAACUGUACCCACGAAACUGGGUUGGGAUGUGCUUGGGGCCCUACCGGAGAUGUUGCAGGUGGCAUACGGCGUUCUUACUCGAUCCCUCGAUGUCAAGAAAGGAGAAAGACUCUUGAUUCGGGGCGGAACAACCUCCAUCGGUCUUACAGCUGCAUCAAUUGCAACGGCCUGUCUCGGAGCCCACGUCACUGCAACAAGUCGUCGUGCGGAUCGCGAGGAAAUAAUCUGCGAAUACGGGGCGGAUGAGUUUCUUCUCGACAAUGGCAAGAUUGCGGAGCAUAUUACCGAUGAGAGCCAGAAAUUUGACAAAGCACUCGAGCUGGUAGGACCUGUCACUUUGAAAGAUACUUUAAAAUGCCUCAAAAAGAAUGCAACGGUCAGCAUCGCGGGAAGAGUUGGCAAUUCAUGGGUCAUUAAAGAGCUGGAUAUUUUGAGAGAUAUCCCAUACGGAACAAAAUUGACAACGUAUGGCGGAUUUACAGAAGAGUUUAUGAGCACACCACUGAAUAGCCUCAUUUCUCAAAUCGAGGCAGGGAGUCUUAAGGUCAAGAUAGGAAAGGUCUUUCAUAUUGACCAGAUUGUCGAAGCGCAUCGAUGCAUGGACGAAGGGGCCGCACAGGGAAAGGUGGUAGUUUUGACAGAUUGA